AUGGAAAAGUUACCGCAAGUCAUUUUCAUGCUUGGUCUGUUUCUAUUUCCCUUUGCUUUUGCUGGGCAUGACUACGGUCAAGCUCUGAGUAAGAGCAUUAUGUUCUUUGAAGCUCAGAGAUCUGGUUACCUUCCUCACAACCAGAGAGUUUCAUGGAGAUCUCAUUCCGGUCUUCAAGACGGUAAGGCGAGUGGCGUAGAUCUAGUCGGGGGCUACUACGACGCCGGUGAUAAUGUAAAAUUUGGUUUACCUAUGGCGUUUACCGUUACAAUGAUGUCGUGGAGUAUCAUUGAGUAUGGUAAACAAAUGGCGAGUAGCGGUGAGCUUGGUCAUGCUAUGGAGGCGGUGAAAUGGGGGACUGAUUAUUUCAUCAAGGCUCAUCCUGAACCUAAUGUUCUGUAUGGAGAGGUGGGAGACGGAAACACUGACCACAAGUGUUGGCAAAGACCGGAGGAUAUGACUACUGACCGUCACGCUUACAAGAUUGAUCCGAGUAAUCCCGGGUCGGAUCUUGCCGGAGAAACCGCCGCCGCUAUGGCAGCAGCUUCCAUAGUCUUCCGCCGUUCUAACCCUGCUUAUUCUCAUGAGCUACUCAGUCAUGCCUACCAGUUGUUUGAUUUUGCGGAUAAAUAUAGAGGCAAAUAUGACAGCAGCAUCACAGUUGCACAGAAGUACUAUAGAUCUAUCAGUGGCUACAAUGAUGAAUUGCUCUGGGCUGCGGCGUGGUUGUAUCAAGCAUCUAACAACCAAUAUUACUUGGAUUACCUCGGUAGAAAUGGUGACGCCAUGGGUGGAACUGGUUGGCAAAUGACUGAAUUUAGUUGGGAUGUUAAGUAUCCUGGUGUUCAGACUUUGGUUGCCAAGUUCCUGUUGCAAGGAAAAGCUGGCAUUCAUGCACCGGUUUUUGAAAGAUAUCUGGAAAAGUCUGAGUAUUUCAUGUGUUCAUGCAUGGGAAGGGGUACUCACAAUGUUCAGAGGACACCCGGUGGCCUAAUUUACCGCCAGAGAUGGAACAACUUGCAGUUCGCCACAAGUUCCUCCUUUUUAGCAACAGUCUAUUCUGACUACCUCGCUUCUUCUGCUAGGGACUUGAAAUGUGCUUCUGGCUAUGUCGCUCCGUCUCAACUUCUCUCAUUUGCAAAGUCUCAGGUGGAUUACAUUCUUGGGGACAACCCGAGGGCUACGAGUUACAUGGUGGGAUACGGAAACAAUUUCCCUCAAAGAGUUCACCACAGAGGUUCAUCCAUUGUUUCAAUCAAGGCCAACCCUUCAUUUGUCAGCUGUAUGGGAGGUUAUGAUACUUGGUUUAGCAGCAAAAGGAGCAACACCAAUAUACUAACUGGUGCUAUUGUUGGUGGACCUGAUGCAUAUGAUGACUUUGCUGAUGAAAGGAAGAACUAUGAACAAACGGAACCAGCAACCUACAACAAUGCUCCUCUUAUAGGUGUUCUUGCUCGGCUCGGUGGUGGUCAUGGUGGUUAUAACCAGCUCCUUCCAGUUGUUGUUACAGCUCCUAACCCUGUUGUUACCAGGCAACAUUCAUUCACCAAACCCAAGAUAACCCCAUCCCCGGCUUCAUGGUCCGGUCCAAUUUCCGUCGAACAGAAAAUGACUCACUCAUGGGUUGCAAAUGGAAUAACUUACUAUAGAUAUUCAACAACUGUUACUAACAAAUCAAACAAGAUUCUCAAGUCUCUCAAUCUUUCAAUAUCCAAGCUUUACGGUCCAAUCUGGGGACUAACAAAGUCUGAUGUCUCAGUCGCGAACUACUUGUUGGCCUGA